CUUUUUGUGAAACCUGAAACCUCUUUUUUCCCACCCCCCCAAAUGGCACAAAAUCCUGAUAGCUAUCCUUCUCCAUCUCCAUCAAUUACGCCAACCACUGGAGACAUUCUCUGUGCUAUCAAUGGCAAAAAGAUUGGCGAUGCCCUUCAAGUCCAAGUGCUUUUGAAUAAUAGCCUGAUGCUGUUUAAGAGAAAUAUUUGUGUUGCGCUCUCUCACUUCGGAGAAGAUGAUGGUGAUCCAAACAGCAUUGACCUCUGGUUCUGUCCCAAGUUGAUGGAUGGUCUCUCUUAUGAUGUGCCUGUUGUGUUGGAGGAACAGACCGAGGAAACACUAAUGCGCCCUUUCGAACUGUUGAGAUCCUACCUACCCGACCUCGAAGGCAGACCAUCUAUCGUCAUUGCGAAGGCCCAUCGGUCUACUGUUACUUCUGGUCCGAUAGUCUUUACGAUCCUGAUAAAGGGAUGGAUCAAGCAAGAAGUCCAGUGGACAGUCGAGAUUGAGGAUCAACUCUGCUGGCUUUUCAAACGCAUCUUCGUAAAGCCAAUGUCGAGGUUUGCGAGACGUCAACUAUCUCCAUCAUUUCUGACGGCAACCCAGUAG